ACCAGCAUCACCUAUCCCCUCGCCGCAAACCACGAUUGAUUUCUAUCACGAACUUAGCAUGAACCAUUUACCGUCCGCAGCAGCACACUGCUUCCGGUUUCCCCCGUCAGGCACUAUCGUUGUGAAUCCCCCCCUCCGAGGGCACGGGCACCACUCCCACGGGGAAGUAACAAGUGCCAGUGUCACCGAUCAGUACAUUAAUCAUCAGCUCGCACGCACCAUAACAUAUUAACAUGCACUUUGGCAGGCAGCUAAGCUAAACGUUUGCCCGCGCAAAGCAAAAUGGGCAUCACCAUGACGAUGGGCGCCUUUCGGACCUUCUUCCUCUCCUACCCCGAGUUCCUCCUGGCCGCGCUCUGCUUCGUCUCUCUGUCCGCGCUCCGCCUCGCGCUGCGGUGGUGGCAACGGCGCGGGGGCAGCAGCAGCUUGCCCGUGAGAUGGCCCGUCGUGGGCAUGCUCCCGUUCGUGCUGCGCAACCGCGGCCGCCUCCUGGACGCCGCCACCGCAGUGCUGAGGGACUCCGGCUUCACAUUCAUGUUCGGCGGCCCGUGGCUCGCACGCGCCGACUUCCUUGUGACGUGCGACCCGGCCGCCGUGCGGCACUGCCUGGCCGCCAACUUCUCCCGCUACGACAAAGGUCGCGACUUCGCCGAGAUGUUCGACAUCAUCGGCGACGGGCUCCUGGUGUCCGAGGCCGCGUCCUGGGUCGGCAAGCGCCACAUCGCCGUGUCCGUCUUCGCCGCGCCCGCCUUCCGCUCCUUCGUCAUCUCCACCGUCUUCCGCCAGACUCGCCGCCUCCUUGUCCCGUUCCUCGACCACCAUGCCGCGACCGGCAUCAGCAGCAAUGCCAUCGAGCUGGAAGAGGUCUUCAUGAGGUUCGCGCUCGACGUCACCUACGCCUCGGUCUUCGCGGCCGACAUUGACUCGCUGUCCAUCGAGGCGGCCGGCGCCCCGUUCCCGCCGUUCGGCGAGGCGACGAGGAUCACGGGCGAGGCCGUCAUGUUCCGCCACGUGGUGCCGGCCCGGUGGUGGAAGCUGCUCCGGUGGCUGAACCUCGGCAUGGAGCGUCGGCUCGCCGAGGCCAGGAAAGUCCUCGACGAGUUCGUGUACCUCGAGAUCGCGAAGCGGAAGGCCGACCCGCUCCUCCAGGGGGAAGGCGGUGGCGACCUGCUGUCCAUGUACAUGGGCUGGGCCGCCAAGGCGGACCCCGCCAUGACCGGCCCGCAGCGGGACGCGUUCCUCCGCGACGCCGCCGUGGGCUACAUGUUUGCCGCCAAGGACCUCAUCGCCGCCGCCCUCACCUGGCUCUUCUACAUGCUCUGCACGCACCCGCGCGUCGAGGAGAAGAUCCUCCACGAGCUCACAUCCCUCCGCCGCCCAACCCCCACCGAUUCCCCAUUCACCGUGUUCGACGGGGAGGCGCUGCGGUCGGCGUCGUACCUCCACGCGGCGGUGCUGGAGACGCUGCGGCUGCACCCGCCGGCGCCGUUCGAGGAGAAGGAGGCGCGCGGGGACGACGUGCUGCCGGACGGGACCAGGGUCAGCGAGGGCACCAGGGUCGUCUUCUGCAUCUACGCCAUGGGCAGGAUGGAGGGGAUCUGGGGAGAGGACUGCAUGGAGUACAAGCCGGAGCGGUGGCUCUCCGGGGGCGGCCAGGUGCGGCAUGAGCCCAGCUACAAGUUCGCGGCCUUCAACUCCGGGCCCAGGAGCUGCCUCGGCAAGGACCUCGGGCUCACCAACCUCAAGAUCGCCGCCGCCGCCAUCGUUUACAACUUCCGGGUGGAGCUUGUCGAGGGGCAUGCGGUGGAGCCCAAGGACUCGGUGGUGCUCCAUGCCAAGAACGGCCUCAUGGUUAGGGUCAAGAGAAGGGUUCAUGAAUGAGUUACGAGACGAGCCGAGAAGGCUUUUCGUAGCAUGUUAAUUACAGUCGACACAUACAACAAAGUGCGUGGAGCGAAUAUUUCUUAGUAAUGGAUUAUGAUUAUCACCAUGUGUAAAAAAAAGCAUGUACGGAGUAUUAGGGUUAACUAAGCCUACAUUUGCAAGUAUUAUCAUGGUCAAGUUUGUCUGUUUGGAUU